CGGGACUUGGGCGGCGCCCAUGAAGAGGCAUCCUUGGAGGAAGCUGGGCGCUUUGACAGCUCGCGUUUUCACCUGUUCUUUAUAGCCACGACGCUCCGGAACGGAGAAUAUGGAUUUUAUGGAUCGUUUUAUGUCGUUAAAUAUGUUUGGUUUCAUGUAAGGAGGGUUUUUUUUGGUGUUGCUGGUCCGUUGUCACGCUAAUGGCGCGAGCCACGCGUCCUUUUCUUCAGACAGAACUGCCCUUGAUGCACACACUUCCUUCCAAAGUGACCUGCUUCUGUCCCUGACCUGAGUGUGUGUAAGCCAUACAAGCAACCCUGACUGACCUCUGACCUCGAAACCUGGACCUGGACUUUACCUGGGCUUGGUGGCCAUGUCUAGCCCCAGCAGCAGUCCAGAGAGAGAUGGUGGGGUGGUGGGCUCAGUGCAGCUGGAGAAUCUGUCCUCUCCUGCAGGUCUUGAGACGGACCCCCCUUCUGUAGGCAGCCCUGUGCUCAGUCCAGACUCCAGUUCCCACGAUGCCGCACUAUCUGCACCAGCAGCCUCUCCGGCUGACUCCGAAAAUCUCAGUCCAGAUGAACUGGAGCUGCUGGCUAAGCUGGAGGAACAGAACAGGCUACUCGAGGCCGACUCCAAGUCCAUGCGAUCUAUGAGCGGCUCCCGCAGAAACAGUGGCUCCUCACUGGUGUCCAGCUCCUCCGCCUCCUCCAACCUCUCCCACCUGGAGGAGGACACCUGGAUCCUCUGGGGGCGCAUCGUCAAUGAGUGGGACGAGUGGAGGCGCAAGAAAGACAAACUGCUUAAGGAGCUGAUCAGGAAGGGCAUCCCACAUCAUUUUCGGGCAAUAGUGUGGCAGCUGCUGGGAAACGCCACAGACAUGCCAGUAAAGAACCAGUACUCUGAGUUACUGAAGAUGUCCUCGCCCUGCGAGAAGCUCAUCCGCAGAGACAUCGCCCGCACCUACCCUGAGCACGACUUCUUCAAGGGCCAGGACAGUUUGGGCCAGGAGGUCCUCUUCAAUGUCAUGAAGGCAUAUUCUCUAGUAGAUCGUGAGGUGGGAUACUGUCAAGGCAGUGCCUUCAUUGUUGGACUACUUCUUAUGCAGAUGCCAGAAGAAGAGGCAUUCUGUGUGUUUGUGCGGCUCAUGCAGGAGUACCGGCUCAGAGAGCUCUUCAAACCCAGUAUGGCAGAGCUGGGCCUCUGCAUAUAUCAGUUUGAAUACCUGCUUCAGGAGCAGUUGCCAGAGCUGAACGUCCAUUUCCGCUCCCAGAGUUUCCACACCUCCAUGUAUGCUUCAUCAUGGUUCCUCACACUCUUCCUCACCUUCUUGCCUCUGCCCAUAGCAACACGCAUCUUUGAUAUCUUCAUGUAUGAGGGUUUGGAGAUCAUAUUCCGGGUGGGAAUAGCUAUUUUGCAGUAUAACCAGACGGACCUCAUACAGCUGGACAUGGAAGGAAUGUCACAGCAUUUCCAGAAGGUGAUCCCUCACCAGUUCGACAGCUGUCCUGAUAAACUCAUCUUCCGAGCCUACCAAGUUAAAUACAACCCCAAGAAGAUGAAAAAACUGGAGAAAGAAUAUACCACAAUCAAGAACAAAGAGAUGGAGGAACAGAUAGAAAUUAAGAGACUACGAACAGAGAACAGGCUGCUGAAACAGAGAAUUGAGACACUGGAGAAGGAGAGUGCUGCACUGGCAGACAGGUUGAUCCAGGGUCAGGUAACGCGAGCACAGGAAGCAGAAGAGAAUUAUGUGAUCAAACGGGAAUUAGCCGUGGUGCGGCAGCAGUGCACAACAGCCAGCGAAAGCUUGGAGAAAGCACAGGACACUAUACGGGAACUGCAGCAACACGCGUACACAGAGCAGUUUGUUCACGGGCUUCAGACGAAGUUGGAGCAGUCUCGCCUGCAGGAGGCUGAGCUCCUCGGUGCACUGAAGGAGAUGCAGGACAAGGUUCUGGACCUUGAGAAGAGGAGCAGUUCCCUGCCUGAUGAGACUAAUGUAGCGCAGCUGCAGGAGGAACUGAAGCAGGUGAAGCUGAGGGAGCUGGAGACGUUGCGCUGCUUUAGAGAGCUGCAGGACACAGUCACUGAACUCAACCAGCGCUGGCAGCACCACACAUCCCGAGGAGGAGGCCACUGGAAGGAGUCUCCCAAGAAGAACGCUCUGAAUGAGCUGCAGGACAAGUUGAUGAGCCUCAGACUGAGAGAGGCUCAGACCCAGGCCGAGCUCAAAGAGGUCAAACUCAAAAACCUGCAGCUGGACAGCCAGAAUCAGAUUUACAGUAAGGCGGCAGGCCGUCACGAGCAGGAGAGCGCCGCCCUGCAGGAGAGACUACAGAACACCUUAUCUCACAACAAAACCCUACAGGGCCAGCUCAACGAAAUGAAGCGGAAACAGGCUGAGUCUGACUGCAAGAGUAAGGAAGAGGUGAUGGCCGUGCGUCUGAGGGAAGCAGACAGUAUGGCUGCCAUGGCUGAACUCCGACAAAAAAUAGCUGAGCUAGAAAUUCAAAAAGAAGAGGGGUUGAUACAGGGUCAGCUGAACCACUCUGAUUCCAGACAGUACAUCACUGAGCUGAGGGACCAGAUCGCUGAGCUGAAGAAUGAGAUCAGGCAGCUACGAGGUCAGCCUUCUAAAUUCCAGAACUCUGGAAGCGGGGCCUAUCAGGACCUGUGCUUGGCCAGCCCGGCAUCUGCAGAGGGAGAUUAUCUGAGUUCUGAUGAGGAUCUCUUGCAGAGCCCCCUACCGGCUACAGCUCUGUACGCCCACCAUCCAUCUCCACGGCUGGACAGCGAUGGCAGCACCGACAGUGAGGGCGAUGAGAGGAACCAGCACCAGGACCUGCGACAGGAUGUCCUACCCAACCAGCAGCAGCUUUACCCUGGUAUGGUUUGCCCUGAGGCCCUGGAGAACUGAUGGAAGGAGUGUUGGAGCAGAGAUGGAAGGCAAAUACAUUUAGAGAACAUGGGAGAGGAGAGAAACACUGCUUACACACUUACACAAAAACACACACAACCUUUUUCACACCCAUAAAGACAAAGAUUAUGUUACAGACGAAUACAAUGAGCAAAGGUGUAACUAUGAACUAUGAGUGCAGGUGAAGGACUACAUGUACAGAGAUGUAUGUGGCAAAGGUACAGAAGCACAGACUGCAUGGUUCUUUGAGGGAUGCCAUAUAUACAGAACCAUGUACAAGAACCUUGGGGACCAUAGAAAGCAAAUAUUGUGAAGAGCCUUGAAAUUUUGGAACCACACAUUGACGUCCAGGAUCUCUAAGGAAGUUUACUCCCCUUCUUUCUCUCUCUUUUCAUGCCUCCCCCACCUCUUCUUCACACAACAUUAAGGCCAGAACUUAGAAAAAAGGCAACGUUCAAACAAACAGCAGGUAAAAGUGGCCCAAAUCCAAUUUUAUCACCAUAUCCAUUGUAAAUUGUCUGUUUAGUUUUCACACAAUAUUUGUAAUGUGACCCAUAUCUGACAUUUGAACAGUUCCUGCUUUAUAGCUGACGUGUACAGGGCUUCACGUGAAGUUUCAGUUUUAUUUUCGCCAGUAGCACAAGAGCUAUCAACAGGUUCCAGUGGUUGACAGCUGGACUUUUUUUGCAGAGAAAGUGUUUGGGUUUGCUGUAAAAAACGGCACAUUUUCCGUUAUAUGUCCAAGCCCAGUUGUUUGUAUUUUAAUGGUUUUUAUUUCCUUUUUUUUUCUACUAAAACCCUCCCUCGCUGUUGUUAAUUUUUUCCCUUUUCCACACCCUUUUUUUCUUUUGAAUGAAUGAAUUCCAAACCGGCUCAUUGCUGCUUAUAGGAUAUGCAUUGGAAUUUGAUGCUACAUGACCCAAAUCUGAAUUGAAAGCGUUAGAUUCAGCAUGUUUUUGACACAUCUGUGUCACAUGACUAAAAAUGAUCAGAUUUGGGCCACUUUUACCUGCUGUGUGAACAUAUCCCCAGAUUCUCACGCACAAGGAUGUUCAGUGGCAGACCUCAAGAUCAGCAUAUCAUCUACUACAUAUAUUCAGCAUAUAAAUACAUUCUUUCAUCCCGCACAUUCGAGAAUUAGAUGAUUUGUGGUACAGACGCUGGUCGUUUUUUUGUGUUUUUAUGUUUUGGGGAUGUUUUUUUUUUUUUUUUUUUUUUUUGGCCCUUUGGAUAGCCUGCAAUGUCCUCGAGAAGCUUCGAAGGUUCGGCCUAAGGUUCUUUAACUCUUCACUUCUGAGACUCUUCGGGGGACACUGGGUUCUGAAUCUGUAGCAUCCCAGCUCCGGUAGGUGGAACAGACGGUGGAUUUAUUCACUGGAUGUUGAAGAUACUUCUCAUACUUACUACUCAAUGCAGAAUGAAGGUGCAGGAGGCAAAGGACGUGAAUUGUGCCCCCGUACACUGUUGCUGGUCCCUAGUAGCAGUAGUUUGUCUCUCUCUGCUUCUGUCUUUCUUCCAGAAGGCACCUUCCCAGACAUAUCUCAACCCCCGCAAGACACUACAAUCACUUUAUCAGAAAGACGAAGAAGAAGGCAAAGGAGAGGCUGGUGAAAGGAGAGCAUGGACUUUUACACAUACAGUAUACAGAUACUAUAGGGAUGUUAAUAGAUAAUGCAUAGCUAAAAAUAUUAACAAUUUACAGUAGCUAAUCCAUGUGUUUGUGUGUGUCUCGAUGCCUUGCAAAAAACAAGGAAAAGCGAUCAAAAGUGUUGGACGUUGAAAAAAAACAACAAAAAAACACAGUAUCUCAAAAUUGCCAAAUCUUAAGUUGUUUUGCUGUUAUUUAUAUGUUCUUAUUUAUUUUGAUAUUUUUUUAUUUUUUAUAUAUAUAUAUCAAGAUAUAAAUACUUCAUAAAAAACGGCAGCCAAAUUUUUUAUUGUUUUUAAAUUUUUCUCCUCUGUGCCAAACCAUGAAAACAGCAAAACGUGGCAUUCAAUCUCUUCAAGAUGAUAAAACGCCAUGUUAGAAAUGAGCUGAAAGGACAGAAUACUAAUUUUUACUGUGCUGCUACUAUAAUGUUUUUUCCCUUCUGAGAUAUUCCUCAUGUUUUUUUUUUUAUGCACAUUUAUCUAAUAGCCCAUCAUCCCCUGUAGAGUAGGUCAUAGCAAGACAUACUGUGAAGAAAUAUGACUUGAAAGAGGGUAUAUUAAGGACUGCAGGGUUACUUGAAUUCUAUAUUUACUCAUGAGUAAUUGUUGUCGCAACCUUUUUGUUUUGUUUAGCUGUUCAAUAACAUGCGAACCACAGGUCCUAGCUAUUUACAGUUCAGCUUUUCACAGUUGAGUUAUUCACAGUUGAGUUAUUCACAGUUCAGCAUUGGGGUUUUUGGGUAAGCUGAUUCUUCUAUAACAUGAAGUGGUUGCCAUAUAAGCUUUGAUGACUAGUGUCACAUUUUUUUGGGGCGUUUUCACACCUAUAGUUCAAAUCAGUAGGCGAGUUUGCAAAUAUGGAGCAUUUUCCCCCCUUGGAUUGUUUUAGUUUGUUUUCACACUGUUAAUUAUCCAAGUGCACCAAAAUGUGUCAUCACGAACCAGUUCAGAACAUUCUGUAUGCUGAUUGGUCGGAGCUGUCUAAUAUGUGAGUAAGAAAGUAAAUACAGUUACAAGGUCCUGAGUUCCAGACUAGGCCUGUCAGUGAAAACUACAAUUUUUUUGAAGUCUCCGAAAUAUUUGUGAUCUUUUGUCUGCCUACUUGGGCUGUUUUUGUAUUUAGUCUUUAAUUUUUUUUAAGGUACAAGUCCACGAUUGAGCACUAGUGGUGAUCCUUAUAAAAGAAAGAAAUCUUGACCUAAGCAAGAGACAUUUAAUUUUAUGUCAUUUUAAGCCAAAUUGUCAUUUUAAGACAAUAAUAAUACAAUUGCACCCUUAUCAAAAGCAAUGAAUUUUUGGUUAUUCUUACUACUAAUGUAAAAGUUGAAAGCAUAUUUUCUUGACCUUGAAUAAUAUACGUUUCCUGUCACAGGAGGAGGAACAUGCCUGAAGCACCUCCCCUUUCCAAUCUAACAUCUUAUAAAUACCCUAGACCAGGGGUCUGCAAUAGGUGGCCCGCAAGCAUGAAACAUCUGGUCCGUGAGGUUGUUUGAACUAUAAUGAACAGUAAUGAAAAAUAAAUAAAUAAAAUGCUUCUCAGGCAAGCUUUUGUUCACAUUCCUCACCUGUCAUUCUGUCACGCUUGUGAAUGACUAGUUUCUGCCCGUUCUUGUUUUUCCGCCCAUUCUUAGGCUCCCUAUCUUCUUAUAAGGGCGUUUUUUCCUAGCUGUGUCCCAAUUCACUAGCCAGGGCAGCGGUAGUGUUUUGAACCACGACCCUGAGGACACGGGUUCGAUCCCGCGUGAGGAGAGGUGUGUUUAUUUAUUUAUUUUUUCCUUUCUUUUUGGGUUUCCCUGCUUUGAAUUAAACUGUUCUGCAAUUGGGUUCAAGAACCCUCUGGGCUGGAGAGCUACUAGUCUGUAGUACUCCAUCCUAUUACACUUCAUUUUCCAAAACAGAAUUUUUUUUUGUGACCCGCCGCGUAAUGUCUUGGAAAACAUCUUAAUUACCAAACUUAAUUACCCCUGGCCUAGACUUCUCUUACACAUCAUGACUCCUCCCUUUAACUGAUAUCUCUUCUUCUUGACUCUAAUUACUAAAGAGAGGGGGGACUCACUUUCUAUGACAAGCUGAAACUGCCUGAACUUCAGGCCAAAGUUCUGAGUUUUCUUCCCUCUCGUCUUUCUCUUCCCAAAUAGCCAUAAACUGAUGACAUGUUUGAAAAUGGCCAUACAAUGUUGUACGAUUAAUUGAUAAUGUUCAUUUGGGACUGAAUCAAGACCACCUGAUGUGUGCUGGUGCUGUUGUAUAGUUUUACAUUUGAUUUAAAUUACUGUGUUCACAUUGGACCAAAUGAAUCUCAAGAUUAAAACCGAUUUAACACGUGUAAAAAAGUGCAGGUGUGAAAACGCCCUAAAUUUCUUUGACUGACUUUUUAAAAAUGCUACCGUGUUUGAAAUGCAGGAGUAUGUAUUUUGUUUUGUUUGUUUGUAUUUAUUGAUUUUAUUGUUUGUUCAUAUUUAAUUAGAACCAUGCCACUGCUAUUGUGUUCUCCAUCCUGUUGCUUAUCAAGGCAUUCCUGAACUCAUUUUUUUCUUCAAAAUGUUUCUGAACUCACAUACAAAUCUUUGUCUUGAUCAGACAUCUGUCUCUUCAUUCCAUCACUGCCUUGUUUAUAUUCAUACUUGGAAAAUUAUUUUCAGAAAUGAAAUGUACGUUCAUAUGUUCUUAAAGCGCAUCCCAGCUGUUCUCACUUUCUGUAUGGAUGUUUAUGUACAGGAUGAAUAUUUAAGGACAGAUAAAAAGAUGACUUACAUGAACAAAAGCUUAACUUUUUCACAUAUGUGUAUAGGACAUUAUGUAUGUGUAGAGUAAUGUGAGAGGUGUAUUUAAUGUAUAAUUAUAUAGAGUAAAUUGUCGCUGUCUUAUGAAAAAACCUGGAAACUUUAAACAAAAUGGUACACAGAAUAAAAUGUAUAAAGUUCUCAACAUAUUUAUUUUUACCACAAAACCCGAUAGAGGCCAUUUUUAUUCUGGAUGUUAAAAAUUUAGCUUGGACUCAGAAUUCAAAUGUAGAUUAAAUUUUUUUUUAUUAAAUAUAAAGUGCGUGAGCAAAACUGAAGGAUUCUCGGCCAAUCCUGAUAUCCAGGUAUCGAUAUCAGUGCUGAUACAUUGUGUAAAGUCUAGAAAUUCAGACUAGAAUCAUGGUCAGCAUUACAAAUGAUUUUACUAGAAUAAAACAAAGACUGACGACUAAAUUAAAAGAUGCUGGUCAGAUCCGAUGCAGCAGUGCUGCUGGAGUUUUUAAGCACUGUGUUCACUCACUGUCCCCUCUACUUAAUACUCCUACACGGCAAUGCCCACAGGACGCUGUUGGUGUACUGUUCUCAGUCCAGGAGUAAGGUGUUUAAAAACUCCAGCAGCACUGCUGCCACUGUGUCUAAUCCACUCCUACCACCAGCACAACACCACCCUAAUAAUAAUACCUCCUGAUUAGUAUUAGUAUUCCUGAUUAGUAUUAUUCCAGCACUACCAUUCCUCAUGCCUCCUAUACCCCAUAGUGUUUUCCUAUGACAGCGACAACAUUUUGAGUGUGUUCAAAGCUUGUUACAGCAUAUCUGUUCCGAUCUGUUACAGCGCAGCCACAGCGUGCGACCUUGCUUUUUUUUUUUUUUUUUUUUUUUUUUUAAUAUGUGCAGAUCGUUUUUAAACUAUCAGCUUCAGGGUUGGUGAGAUUCAUCAAAAGUUUCAGUCAUAAACAGUCAUAUCUGAUAGGAUUACAUGCUUUAUCAAACACUAAAAUCAUUCACAUUAUACGAAAGAAGCUAGAAACUAGAUGUACUUAAUAGGGCUUCAUAUUUAUUGGCAAGAACUUGGCGAUACGAUACAAUACGAUAUGUAUCAUGAUACAGGGGCUACGAUUAAGCAUAUCACUAAAAAUAUAUUGAGAUUGUUCAAAUUCAAUUUGAAUUUUAGGAAAAGUGUCAUAAUAUAAAACAGACUAUGUAUCAAACUUAUAAAAUCUGAAUAAAAGAAAAAGAAAACGUCAGAAUAUAACACUGCCCUCUAGUAGGUGGGAUUGAAACAACACUAAAUAAACCACUUCUGACACCAAUCUUUACAUGCAAACUACUUCUUAACUAAAAUUAAAAAAAGGAUACAGUAUUGCAGAACAAAAUAUCGCAAUACGAUACAAGAUGAUAUCAAUAUUUUCUUAAACUCCAACUACUUAAACGUCCUAGAACUACAUUUCUCCUACAUCAUGUGGAUAUUAAACAGAAUGCUUGGAUUGUAUUCUGCUCUUCUGCACUACAGAAGAGAAGCUCAACCUGUGCAGCAUCAACAAGGAAUAAAGCAGUUUU